CGGGUGCGUAGCGCGCGGCUCGGUGCACCGGCUAACCUAAUUCAGUGCAGCGUCAGAGCGGGCCGUGGCAGUACGUGUAAUACAUCGCGGGAAUCUGCAAUAGCCACGAUGAGUCCAAACCUGCGGCCGCUGAGCCCGCAACUUCAGGAGGCGGCCAAGGAGCUGGGGGAGGACCCGCGCCGCCUGGAGAAAGACAUCCAGCACAUCAGGGACUGGCUCAAACAGCAGCCACACCUCACGGCCAGGACCGACGACCAGUGGAUUGUGACGUUUCUUCGAGGUUGCAAGUUCUCUCUGGAGAAGACGAAGCACAAGAUGGACAUGUACUACACGAUGAAGACGGCGGCUCCGGAACUGUUCGCCAACAGGGACCCCUUGGAGCCCAAGAUACAAGAGAUCCUCAAUGCAGGGUUCAUCACUUACCUGCCGCAGCUGGACAAGCACGGGCAGCGGGUGAGCGUGCUGCGCCUGGGCCAGCUCGACCCCAAAAAGGUGACGGGCGAGGACAUCUUCCGCAUGAACUUCAUGGGCGGCGACGCGGCCCUGCUGCAGGACGACGCGGCCGUCCUCACCGGCACCGUGGCCCUCAUCGACCUCAAGGGCUGCUCGCUGUCGCACGCCGCCAUGUUCGGCCCCGCGUCCGUCAAGAAGUGCACCACCGUCCUCCAGGAUGCAUACCCGCUGAGAAUGAAAGCAAUGCACUUCGUGAACGCCCCCAGUUUUUCUGAGGCUCUAACUGGACUGUUUCUUCCCCUGAUGAAGGAAAAGAUCAGGCGGAGGGUUGUAAUGCACUCCAACUUGGACUCGCUGCUGGAGUAUUUCGACAAAGACAUACUGCCGAAUGAGUACGGCGGCAGUGCGGGACCGAUAGAAAUCGUUGCAGCGCCUUGGAGGAAGAGGUUCGAGAGCCUUGGAGAAUUCUUCAAGGAGGACGGGAAGUACCGCAGCGACGAAACGAAGCGGCCAGGAAAGCCGAAAACCAGCAGCGACCUGUUCGGCGUGGAGGGCUCGUUCCGACAGCUCGUGGUGGACUGAGCAGCGGCCCUAAGUACGGGUGGUGUGCAGUGCACGUGCAGCGUGCACUUGCGGGAAGAGAAAUCAGACGGCAGUCUCCCCAAGUUGUUAUCUUACGCGUCAUUAAGACUGAUAUCGUGUGCAAAACGACUUCAGAGCAAGGUCAACCAGCGCAUCACUUGUGUGUGAUAAUGCUGGACCAAAAUUAACUAAUUGCUACCGAUUACAUUGCUUGAGGAGACGUGGCUUGAGUCUGUCAGUUCCUUAUUUUAGUCUGUGAUUCCUGAGACAGUCAAUUGUAAGCUAUCAAUAAAUGUUUUAAAGAUGUUAUUUCUGUUUUUGUUAAUAAACUGCUGGAUUUGUAAAUUGAUAA